CGGGCGGUGCUCCCCGCCGGCUGAGUCCGGCUCGCGGCGGUGACCGUGCGGACUGAGGCCCGAGCGUGGGUGGGGCCCUCGGCGGAGGCGUGAAGUGCGCCCGGCGCGGGACAGCCGGGAGGGGACGAGCGGACCGCAGGCCGUGCUGUCUCCAGGGCACCAUGAACGCCAUCGUCGCCCUCUGCCACUUCUGUGAGCUCCACGGCCCCCGCACUCUCUUUUGCACGGAGGUUCUGCAUGCCCCUCUUCCGAAGGGGGCUGGGGACAGCCCUGGCCAGGGGGAGCAGGCCGAGGAGGAGGAGGGUGGCAUCCAGAUGAGCAGUGGCAUCUGCACGCACAGCCCAGCGGAAGGGGCCAGCACGGAGUCCAGCAGCCCAGGACCCAAGAAGUCGGACAUGUGUGAGGGCUGCCGGUCACUUGCUGUGGGGCAUCCCGGGUACCUGAGCCACGAUAAAGAGACUUCAAUUAAAUAUGUCAGCCAUCAGCACCCCAGCCACCCCCAGCUCUUCAGCAUUGUCCGCCAGGCCUGCGUGCGCAGCCUGAGCUGUGAGGUCUGCCCUGGCCGCGAAGGCCCUAUCUUCUUCGGGGACGAGCAGCAUGGGUUUGUGUUCAGCCACACCUUCUUCAUCAAAGACAGCCUGGCCCGCGGCUUCCAGCGCUGGUACAGCAUCAUCACCAUCAUGAUGGACCGCAUCUACCUCAUCAACUCCUGGCCCUUCCUGCUCGGGAAGAUCCGCGGGAUCAUCGAUGAGCUCCAGGGCAAGGCGCUCAAGGUGUUUGAGGCAGAGCAGUUCGGGUGCCCACAGCGCGCCCAGAGGAUGAACACAGCCUUCACCCCGUUCCUGCACCAGAGGAACGGCAACGCCGCCCGGUCGCUCACCUCCUUGACCAGCGAUGACAACCUCUGGGCGUGCCUGCACACCUCCUUCGCGUGGCUCCUGAAGGCGUGCGGCAGCCGGCUGACGGAGAAGCUCCUGGAGGGCGCGCCCACCGAGGACACCUUGGUCCAGAUGGAGAAGCUCGCGGAUUUAGAAGAGGAAUCAGAAAGCUGGGACAACUCGGAGGCUGAAGAGGAAAAAGCCUCUGUCUUGCCAGAGGGUGCGGAGGGGCGGGAGCUGACCAAAUGUCCCACAGGUUCCUCCUCGCUCUCAGACUGUGAGAGCUGGCAGCCCCGAAAGCUGUCCGUCUUUCAGUCCCUUCGGCACAUGAGACAGACCAUGCUGCCCGUGGGCUGUGUGCGUGUCAUCCCUUACAGCAGCCAGUACGAGGAGGCCUACCGCUGCAACUUCCUGGGGCUCAGCCCCCACGUGCAGAUCCCCACCCACGUGCUCUCCUCAGAAUUUGCUGUCGUAGUGGAGGUCCACACAGCCGCUCCCUCCAGCCUCCCCCCGGCUGGGUGUGAGGACGACCAGUCUCUGAGCAAGUACGAGUUCGUGGUGACCAGUGGGAGUGCUGUGGCUGCAGACCGAGUGGGCCCGACCAUUCUGAAUAAGAUGGAAGCUGCUCUAACCAACCAGAAUCUAUCUGUGGAUGUGGUUGACCAGUGCCUCAUCUGCCUCAAAGAAGAAUGGAUGAACAAAGUGAAGGUCCUUUUCAAAUUCACCAAGGUGGACAGUCGGCCCAAAGAGGACACACAGAAGCUCCUGAGUAUCCUCGGAGCAUCUGAGGAGGACAAUGUCAAACUGCUCAAGUUCUGGAUGACAGGCCUGAGCAAAACCUACAAGUCCCACCUCAUGUCCACGGUCCGGAGCCCCCCGGCCACAGAGCCUCGUAAUUGACCCACCAUGGAAGUCAGUGUGGGAUGCCUUCUGGGAAGUGGUGAUGGCCAUCUUUGCCAUUGCACUCAGAGAUUGGGUGUCUGGUGGCCGUCAUAGGCUGUCCGAUCCUGCACUGCUGGCACAGAGCUGUGUCCUAGCAGGGCAUGCAAACUGUUGGGGCUGAACUAUGCCUGUGUGUGGGAUUUGGGUGUGGUGAGUUCUUGGGAUCAUCCCACCAGCUGUUUCCAUUGCUCCAGCCUGAAGAGGACCGUGGGAGACUUGUGACAAGGACAGGCCCCUGCACCAGUGCACCCCUGUGAGAGAAGACGAAGGAAACUGUGUCUCCUGUUGCUCAUGGACUUAGAUCUCAACUUUUAUAGGGAAGACACGUUAGGCCAGUCCUGACCUGGGUAUUUUAGCCACAAUAUCAUAACUUUCUCUUGAGGUUAACAUUCAAAACUUUCUGUUUUGAAAUGCAGCAAGAGUUCUCCAGGUAUUAAAUGCACACAUGUAGUAUCGCUACAGUUGUGGAUUUUCAAGACAGGGGCUGAUCCUUAGUCAUUUUUAGUAACCUGGUUUUGAGUUAGGGCUCUGGGACAGGCUUUUAGAGUAAAGAGGAGAUAUUCCUCAUCGGUGGGUCGUUGGGAACUCAUGUUCUGAAGUCAUGUGACUACCAAGUCUUCUGGCCAUGCUGUCCUGGUAUUGCUUUGAAAUUACCCUGUAGUUUGAGGUCAAGCCCCUGAUCUUUGUUACACAAAGACGACACUUUGCCGAAAUGUUCCUGGAGCCGUUUGACUUGCCCAGCUCGCUGUGUACUCUUCCACGUCACUUUGUUUUUAUUGCUUCUUUACACACUCACAUUUGGCUACAGUUAAUCUUCAGAGCAUGGUGACUUAAGGUAAGAUCAUCUCAUCCUCUCUGCAUUUUUAUAAGGGUUCAUGGUUUGGAGGGAUUUUCCAGCAGUUUUGCUGAUUUGUUUAGUUUUUGUUUGUUUAUAUUUAACAUGAAGACUAAGUAUAUGACUAGGUAUCUGUAUUAUGUAAGAACAUUGAAACAAUAAAUAUGUAUUUUUAUAACAUAUUGA